AUGGCGGACUACGAAGAAACCGGGUCGCAGCGUCCACAAGUGUUUCUCAAUUACCGAGGAGCCGAGCUGCGCCAGAGCUUUAUCGCUCACCUCGAGAAGGCCCUGAAAAGGAGCGGAGUCAACGUCUAUGUCGACUGUGUAGAGCUGAAGGAGUUUCUUUUCAAGGGGAUCGAAGAGUCGAGCAUCGCGCUUGUAAUCCUCACGAGAAGGUACACUGAGUCGAGAUUGUGCUUAGACGAGCUUGUGAAGAUCAAAGAGCGAGUUGAGGAAGGCGAACUCAUGGCGAUUCCGAUUUUCUACGAGCUGAAUCCAUCCAUAGUGCAAGGGCUUGAUGGAGAUUUCGGAUAUAACUUGUGGAAUCACGUGAAGCGUACUUCUGAGUUCGACAAGCUCAAGCAAUGGAAGGAAGCUUUGGAUUUCUUUUCGCAAAAGCUUGGGUUGGUGUUUCAUGACAAGAGUAGUGAACCGGCGUUUAUCAACGACAUCAUUUUUCAUGUACAUGAAGAAUUAAGAAGGGACGGUGGUGUGAAUUUCAGAAAGAAUGAUGCUGAUGGUGAUGAUGAUGAUUUACUCGGUGAAGAAAACUCUGAUGAUAGCGCUGAGGACAAUAGAGUGGCCUCAGUCAAUGAGGAGAAGAAGCAAGAAAAUGUAAGCGAAACAUCUCCCGUGGUGACCUUGGACAAACCGCUCGCAGAGCAUCAAGUGUUCAUCAGUUUUCGAGGAGCUGAGGUGCGCCAUGGCUUUGUCAGCCACCUCGUUGAGGCCUUAGAAAGGAACGGAGUCAACGUCUAUGUCUACAGCGUAGAGUUGAAGGCUAGAAAUAUUGAUGUUCUAAACAAGAGGAUCAAAGAGUCAAGCAUCGCGCUUGUAAUCUUCUCGAAAAGGUACACUGAAUCGAGAUGGUGCUUAGACGAGCUGGUGGAGAUCAAAAAGCUCAUGGACGAAGGCAAACUCGUUGCUAUUCCAAUCUUCUACAUGGUGGAGCCCAGAAAGGCUAAAAAACUUGAUGGAGAAUUCGGUGAUAACUUUCGAGAUUUGUGUAAAACGCAUCGGGAUUGGCCUAUUACUAAAUGGAAGGAAGCUUUGAAGUCUAUUGCGUCCAGGGAAGGCAUCUAUUUGAAGGAGCAAAGUUCUGAGAGCGAGAUCAUCAAUCUCACCGUCAAGAAACUCCUAGAGAAUAUUUCGCAGCGGGAAGGAGAAAUGCAUGAAACUUCUCUUCACAAGUGUCCCCUCUUUCUCACCACUCUCGCAAUGAUGCUCUACGAAAAGUGGAAGCACAGGUUCAUACGUCGCGUUCUUCUUCAGGACAUCCGUGGGAAUUCAGAAAAGUAUGUGUCAGUGAGGCUGCGAGAGACACUCUGGGAACGUUUACUCAAGAGAAAGUUUCCAGUGAUAGGUGACGAGACGACAUAUGAAUCCACGAAAGGUGAACUACUCAAGACCAAGAUUUUUGUUGUUCUCGAUGACGUGAGUGACAAGCAACAGUUAGAGUUUCUCCUCGGUGACCGUGACUGGAUUAAGAAGGGAAGCAUGAUUGUUAUUACUACGUCUGACAAGUCAUUGCUUGAGGGAUUCGUUGAUGAUACUUAUGUGGUCCCGAAACUGAACGAUAGCGAGGCCUUUCAACUCUUUAGCUAUCAUGCCUUUCGUGAUCAUAUUCAUAGUCGUGACAGUACCUUCCUGAAGCUCUCUAGAAUGUUUGUGGAUUACGCUGAAGGACACCCAUUGGCUCUCAAAAUACUAGGCAGUGAACUUUGUGGGAGAGACGAGGCUUACUGGGAAUCUAAAUUGGAAAAGUCAGAGGAUGAGUACUUUGUUAGGAGUUUACUAGAUUCAGGAGAUCCUGACUCUACUGAUGCUGUGAGUGAAGUAAAAGAUCUCGUGAACAAGUUCCUGAUUACAAUUGUUGACGGCCGAGUAGAAAUGAAUGUUCCACUAUGUACAUUCUCUAAGGACCUUGCUUCUCCUCAGUGCCUUAGGCUGUGGAACUACAAAGACAUCAUCAGUGAGCUAAAACAAAAAUCUGAUGCUAAUAAUGUAAGAGGCAUUUUCUUAGACAUGUCAAAGUUAACGACGAGUGUGUGGCUGGAACCUUUAACCUUCAUCAAUAUGCGUAACCUUCGAUACAUGAAAAUAUAUGAUUCUUGUUGUCCUCGGCAAUGUGAGGCUGAGUGCAAAUUUAACUUCUCGGAAGGGUUUAAUUUCCCCUUGGAAGAGGUCCGAUAUUUUCAUUGGCUGAAAUUCCCAUUGGCGGAGCUUCCACCAGACUUCAGACCAGAGAAUCUUGUUGACCUUAGGCUGCCGUACAGUAAUAUUACACAUGUUUGGGAAGGUGAAAAGGAUAUACCACGGUUGAAGUUUGUAGAUCUAAGCUACUCUAGUGAGUUGCUCGACUUGUCAGCGUUGUCAAAGGCUGAAAAUCUUCAAAGACUAAAUCUGGAAGGCUGCACGAGUUUGUAUAAGUUGCCGGUGGGGAUUAAAAAUAUGAAGUCUCUUGUUUGCCUGAACCUGAGAGGAUGCAUAGGUCUUUGCUUUCUUCCAAAGAUGAAUCUAAUCUCUCUGAAAACACUCAUCCUCAGUGACUGCUCAAACCUAUAUGAGUUUCAGCUAGUUUCAAAAAGUUUAGAAACUCUACAUUUGGAUGGCACAGCAAUCAAAGGACUUCCUCGGGCUAUGCGGAAACUCCAGAGGCUUGUCGUGUUGAAUUUGAAAAACUGCAAAAUGUUGAAGUGUCUUCCCAAUUGUCUUGGCAACCUGAAAGCUCUUGAGAAGCUAAUACUCUCUGGUUGUUCAAGGCUUGAUGAUCUUCCGGACGUCAGGAAUAGCUUAAAACAUCUCCAGGUUUUACUUUUUGAUGGGACAGGAGCAAAAGAGAUGCCAAGCACGUCAUGCUUCACUGGAUCCAAAGGCACAGCUUCUGCAGAUAUGUUCUUACAACCUCAAGGAACACGUUUCAGCGUGAGAGAAUGGCCAUGUGGUGUUGACAGAAUAUCCUCACUGCGGCGUCUAUGUUUGAGUAGAAGUAAUUUCGUCAGCCUGCAACCUGACAUUUGGAAACUUUAUAAUCUGAAAUGGCUCGACGUGAAGCACUGCACGAGUCUCAUAUCUGUUCCAAUGCUUCCACCAAGACUUCAGUACUUCGAUGCGCAUGGUUGUGUUUCACUGGAAAGAGUUGCAAACCCUAUAGCCUUUUCGAUGUUGUCUGAUCAGAGCCAUGCCACAUUCAAUUUUUCCAACUGCAACAAUUUGGAUCAAGACGCAAAGGGUAAUAUCAUCGCAUAUACUAGGUGGAGAAGCCAGCUAGUUCUAGAUGAACUCACACAAUACAAUGUGGGUUUACUUUCGGAUGUUUCGAUUGGAACUUGUUUUCCUGGAUGGGAAGUCCCGACGUGGUUCAGUCACCGAGCCAUUGGAUCAGUGUUAAAGCCCAAGCUGCAUGUACACUGGUCUGACAACAAGUUUACUGGGAUCGGUCUAUGCGCUGUUAUCGUAUUUGAUGGUUACCACAACCAGAGGAACCGUGUUGUAGUGAAAUGUAAUUGUGAGUUCAAGAACGGAGACGGGUCUAUUAUCCGCUUUAGUUGCGCUGUUGGAGGUUGGAGCGAACCAAGUAACACACCACGGAAGAUUGAGUCGUCUCAUGUCUUUAUUGGCUUUGCAAGUAGGAUGUCUAUCAACAAAAUUGUUGAAGAGAAAUGUGUUUGUACUGAAGCCUCUAUUGAGUUUGAAGUUACGGAUGGUAUGGAAGAGAUCAAAGGUUGCGAGGUGGUGAAGUGUGGCUUUACUUUGUGUAAGCCAAAGCGAUAUGAGCUUGGUGAGAUCGUCAUGAGAUCUCGAAUCCGUUCGUGA